AUGAUUGUCAACAUCGUGCUGGAGCACCCGCACGAUCACUACACCAAUCUCGAUGUCAUACAAGGCAAGGUCGCGUUGCGCGUGCCGAAUCCGACAAACCUCAGCAGCAUCAUCGUCAAGCUAGAAGGCGAGAGCAGGACCCGGUUGCUAGCGCCCGUACAUCCAAACAGACCCGACAAGCAGAGGCCAGUUUUGGAGAUACACAAGUUCCUAUACCAGACGCUGUUGGUAUGGCCAACAAAUGUGCGACCGGAAGAUAUCAACCCCAAAUCAUCUUUUACCAUCAAUGCUGGCGUAUAUGAAUAUCCCUUCCAAUUCAAGCUCCCUAUGAACACGCAAUGUCAGCAAACAAACAAUCCAAUCUCGACGGUUUCUUUUUCGAACACAAUUCCCGAGUUCGCAAAAACAGCAACCCAGCACAUCAAGGCUACACUGCCGCCCACUUUGAGUGGCUUCCCUGGCGAGGCGGAGAUACGUUACUUUGUCAAGGUGACAGUCAGUAGGCCGUCGCUCUUCAAGGAGAACCCCCGUGCAAUUGCAAAUUUUACGUUUCUUCCGAUUGAACCACCACGGCCAGAGCGGACAGACGGCGAGGCAUAUGCAAGAAGGCAGCAUGAGUUCUUGGAGAAUGCCGUGAGCGUAGCGGCAAGCAAGAUGCCUAGCUUCCUGGACCGUAAGAGUUCUUCGGCAAGCAUGCGGUCUGCACAGCCGCCGGGCAAUAUGGGGCCACGCGUAGCACUUGAUGCGCGGCUGCCAAACCCUGCAAUUCUUACCAUCAAUCAAGACCUUCCGUUGCGAGUGCUUAUCAAGAAUGUUAGCCCCCGCAGCAAGAACAUAUAUCUGCAAAUGCUGCAGGUUGAGCUGAUUGGAUACACGAGAGUAAAAGCACAUGAAGUGACGCGUACCGAGUCGAACAGCUGGAUAUUGUGCUCUUUCAGCAACAUGGCGAUACCGCUUGGGUCGCCAACAGACGCAAUAGACACUGAAGUUCCAAUCAAUUCCGAGUACUGGUCUGGCAAGCCGGUGCCCAAUACAGUAUCACCCAGCUUCACCACGUGCAAUCUGUCUCGCUUCUACGAGUUGGAAAUUCGAGUUGGUCUUGGCUAUGGGAGCUACAAGCAUGGAGAGGACCAAUUGAUUGUGUUGCCGCUUCGAUUGCCAGUCAAGGUGUUUUCGGGCAUUGCGCCUCCAAAGGCAUUGCUCGAGGCUGGGUUCAAUGCACAAGCAGCCGGGAAGCCGGCCACACUUAGUAUUCCGCAGUACGGACAGGCUCCGCAUACUCCCCCCUCGCCACAAGUGGGCUUUGCCAACAGCAAUGCGUUUGCCGGCCAACCUGUACACGCUCAAAAUGCGCCGUCGUACGAGGAUGCACCGCCGAGCUACGAGGACGCAGUUGGACAGGACCUUCCGCCCAUCAAUGGGUAUCGAGGUAGUUACCAACCACCUCCGGUGCCCGAGGGCGGGUCUGGAUUCGCGGACGAAAAGAGACGAUGA